AUGACGAAGUAUGCGACGGACCUCCAAGAUGGCACAGACGGCCAAUGCAGAUCGGUCACUACUGCGACAGAAGGAUUGAAUCAGGACACUGACCAAACAUGGCCGGCUUAUGCGUUGAACAGUCUCAGCCACUCCGCAAAGCGGCCUAGGCGACAAUGCCUGCAUGGGAAUUUUCCUGCAUACUAUGUAGGCCGGCGCGCCUUCUGCCGGUCGCAUAACUGUAGCAGCAGGGGACUCAUCCGGCCUGCGCAGCGCUCACCGAGUGUGUGUAGCGAAGUCUCUGACGGCUCGCUUUCCGCGUCGGCAGUGUAUCUGCAACGUAGGGUACUGCAGCGGCAUACAAACUCAACAACGGAUACCCGGGGCUUUUCGCUGCAUGCGGUGGAUCCGCGCUUGGAUGCACUUGUGUUGGCGCAUGGUAAAUUCCUUUUUGAAGGAAAAGACGUUCUGGACGUGGGGUGCAACGCUGGAGCGCUCUGUUUUGCUAUUGCCGGGCUCUUGCACGCGAAACGUGUCGUUGGCCUUGAUAUUGAUGACGAGCUUGUUCAGCUUGCGAAUGCCGCUGGUGCGAAACUGCGUGAUUUGGCACUGCGACCACACUCUCUGGAGGCAAAGGCUGCCGCAUCGAGAAGCAUCGACUCCGAAAUACAGGGAAUCCCAGACAUUGGCCACUCGAACCCAGCGCCAUCUGUGAAGGAAGAUGAUGUAGCUACACGAGGGGAAACCUGUUUGAUUUCGGCGAAGAGGCGUAAAAUUUCUGUACCAGUUCCACUCCUAUUUGCCACUGACGACCGUGACAAGAAGUGCAAAGUAGAGGGAAACCCUGCAGGGGUGGUGGACGAUGCGGGGGGCCCCCGGUUCCAGACGCGCAGCACAACACGGAAACCACACCACAAGGGGAAAGAUUGCUUCUCACGGCUGCUGGGACCAGUGCUGUGGAACGCGUUGGUAAAAGAGGCAACUGCACCGAGAGAGAAUGGCAUUGAUCCUCAAAGCCUAGAUAUGCCUCAAGACGUGCAGGUAUCUGAGCAGUGGAGGGAUGUGCUCCAGCCGGCGCGCGAAGACGAAGACUGUGGAGUAGACAACUCUCCCCAGAGAUCUCCUUCCUCUGUACCGGCGACACCUUUUCCUUUCAAUGUGUCUUUUGGUUCGUGUGAUAUCGUAGAGGGGUUGCCGCCGCCUUCCUGCCCCGCAUUGGGCUGUAACGAAUGCUCAUGCCCAGCUUGUUUUACAUCGUCAUGUUGCGAGGCGGUGAGACGGGUCCAACGUGCCGCCAGGAUGCCGCCACUGUCUUUGGCGCCUUCACUUUGUUCUUUUGAUGUUAUUUUGUGUUUGUCGGUCACAAAGUGGAUUCACCUGCAUCAGGGAGAUGGCGGUAUAUUGCUCCUGUUUUCACGGCUUCAUGCUAUGCUGAAGGCCGGCGGGAUUCUUCUUUUGGAGCCACAGGACUGGGCGUCCUAUCGACGUGCUAGACGGCUGUCUUCUGCAUUCAAAGAGCAGCUGCGCCGUAUUCGACUGCCUCCAAAGUUGUUCACUUCGGUCCUCACCAUGAAAACUUGCCCAACAUCUCAUAUCUCGGGCUGUUCGAUGCCGUGCGCCGCGGCGUCGAGCGGGGAAGAAACGACCUGCCGACUACUGCCGGCAGGAACGCCACACCACACGGAGGGGUCAAGGCUGACUUACGAAGAUGCAGACAGUAUUCACUGCUCUUGCUGCUGCAUAUCGAGUCUGUCUCGAUCCUCCUGUGACGGGCUGCCGCCAGAUGACUCGGCUGAAAGGGCCGAGCAGCCGUUUAUGCUCUUGUCUUCACUGGAUCCGUGGAGCAAUGAUGGUCAACAUUUCGGACCUUCCCGAUCUCAUAGAGAGGACGAUCUGGCCGAAGGAGAACGACCAGUUGAACCAGGAGUGCUACUAGAAAACCGCCUGCAGAGCCCGGCAGUCGAUGCUAUCAGUGGAGUGGAUGGCGCGCGUUCACCAGUUGAGCGGAGUAUGGCGACGCGUUUUCGGUUUGCUGCUGCGCUCUCGAGAGGAUGGCUUUCCGUGCUGCAAGGAGCUGUGGACCCGCAUGUCGCAACUUAG